AUGAAUGAGUUGCUUGUAUUUGCAUUUCAAAGGAGUAAGCCUCCAGCCAUAAUUCCCAAUGAACAUUACAUAGCUUCUUUGAAUAUACCAUACUGGAAAUGCGAUCGAGAAGAUAAGGAGCAGCUGAAGAUGCAUCUUGUGUGCGCAAUGUUAUGUUGCCCAAAACAGAUAGAAGACGAUGGGAGUAUAUGUGCAGAGCUGGUUAAUAUGAACAUGCGGGAAGUUUCGUGUCAAUAUUUGGACUUUUUAACUGUUGGCAGAACAGCCACGAAUUACGACAAGGCGGUGUCUGACAGGAUCGAAAAGAACUUAGCGAGCCUCUUCCAGCUUCCGCUGUUUAAGGAAAUAGUUGAGAUGGACGAGAAGGCGAAGUUUAAACCUAUACCCUCAGCAUCUAUAAAACCUUUGUUCGAAAGAAUUCUACGGGGUGGACGUGCGCUGCGGCUGCGAGAAGGACAAACAAAGAAAAGGAAAGAGAAAGAAUGUAACACUCCAGCAGCAGUAUAUAAAGCUAAAGUGGUGUGCAACUUUCUUUUGGAACUCAUAGAGAGCGAAAGACGUCACCAGGGACUCUCUUCAUCUGGCUUUGUUGAUUGGCAGUCUGUUCAAAAGAGGUACCAAGAAAUGUUCACUAACGAGGACAGCGAGGAUAGGAAGCUCAUGGAAAUCUACAAGACUAAAUAUGGAAUGCAGUUCACCCAUCCCACUUUGAAUGGCGACGUGAUCAAAAACUGGACAGGUCGAAGCACAAUAACGAAGGCAUUGUCUAUGCCAAUAUUCUACAAGAUCAAUUGUCAUAAUGAACAAAGUACCGGGCGCCUAAGUGUAGGAUUCGGUGACAACAUAGCGUUAUAUGACGACGAAGAGUUGAAGAAAGCUGCUGAUGCGGCGAGGGCUCCUCCUCAAGAGCAGACAGGAAGAAAGAAAUUCAAGGAAGAGCGUAGGCAUGAGCAGAACAAUGCAGUGAAUGAGAUGGCAAAUGUGAUCCCUCUAAGACAGCGUCAGACUCAGAGUACCAUCACUUCAAUAUUUCCUGAUUCGGCUUCUUCUCCAUUCGCUACGUCAGCGAAAUUGCAAACCCACAAUCUCCCGAGCUGGAAUAGUGAGGAAGUCCUACCAAAAACUCAACCAACUGCCAACACAAAUGAGCCGCAGUACAUCCCUACUUCUGCAAACAUUGGCGAGACUUCCGAAUUUCACUCAGAAUCAGAGCAGUCUUCGAAUGAGACAGGCGUCUACACCGACGAUGAAUUGGAUCAGAAGGAAGCAUCACAUGCCCCAGGCAACACUGACACUGCGGCGCCAGUCAUUUCUAAGCAGAAAUCUGACCAACCUGUAAAACCUACAUCUAAAGUUUCCUUGCUAAAUCAUAGCUUGGAAUCUACAAAACCACGUCUUAGAGAAGAGCUGUCACGUAUGGAGGAUACUGUAAAACCUUUCCGUAAUCCCUGGGAAAUUGCUGAGGACCUUGGCAGUACUACAAGAGCAGCAAAUGACUAUGUUAAUCCUCAGUCACAGAAGCCUUCUUCCUCAAAUGUACGGCACUUGUCUGCAUUUGCAUCAUGCAAGAACUCAGUCAGCGUUACUAAGGGUCGAAGCAGUGACGAAGAGGAAGGUGAACAGAAAAACAUACCAAACAAUUUGUACGAACGUGUAAGAAGCCAAGGAAAACAGCAAAGGCAUGAGAACAAGGAGUUUGGAAUGUGGUCAUCUCACGAACCAAGGUUUGUCGACGAUCAUGGAGAACAAGGUUUACCUACCACUUUAUCGUCUAACGAACAGCCAACUAGAUUUAAUUCUAGUAACGUUGCGAGUGCACCUCGAACUCAUCCAGGAGAGUAUUCAUCCAUGCAACAAUCAUAUCAUGAAAGUCCCAUAACUUCUGUAUUUGAUCGUCCUGUCGCCGAAAAUUGCAUUCGUACCCGUACUGCUAACGAUUUACGUUCCAGUCGGAGUGCUCAACGUUCAUCUACAGCCUUGGGAAAUCCCAUUUCUGAUUAUGUUUAUCCCCGAAAUAACUGGAGUAAUGCUCAGCAUUCUUCAAGCGAUAAACGCGUAGGUGGUGAGUCAACGUAUGCAGAUCCGGUGCGCAAUCAAACAAACACUUAUGGGGGAAUAAAUCGCCCACUUUCUCCUGUUACUAAUCGCCAUUAUAAUGCGAGGCAUGGAGAAUACUGUGAAGAUAUACGCGACAGCAAUCAGAAUCGAGCCCGAGAUGAGUGGCAUCGAAACGACACGUACGGUGGAAGUAGACGUGGAGAUAACCAAACUCAGCACAGACACGAAGGCCACGCGUACGACAACGAAAGAUACAUUGGGAACAGCCGUGACACCAGAACCAGUCAGCCCAAAAACGACAGCGCCCACUGUAAUGACACAUACAGUGGAAAUACGUGGGAUUAUGAUAAACGUUGGGCAAGAAAUGAAAACUCCUAUCGUGACGAUAUCAGGAAUGAAGGCUCCUUUCGCAAUGAUCCUUUAAAUAAAAGCUCCUGUCGCAACGAUAUACCGAGAUAUAUAGGGAGAACUGAACAGCUCUAUGCACCUUAUAAUGAUAGAGGUGGACUAACACCUUCGCGGCAAUCUGAUCCUCAUCUCAGUGAAAGGCACACUAAAAAUAAUUAUAACACCGCCCAAUAUGCGCAAGGAAAUGAUGGAUUCUACUAUAACGAGAGACGCGACAGUGGUGGAUUUCGAUCUCCGUACAUUACACCGCUUCUCAAUACGAUUCAUGAACCCGGUCAAUCCUAUUCGAGAAACGAGGGUGACCCAUCCUGUAGUUUCCGCAGCAGUUCUCGUCAGAGUUUUCGCAACGAUAAGACUCAAAACGUUAGAGCUUCUCAGGACGAAUGUACUUCCGGGUCAUCAAUGAAAUUGCUUACUGCUGAGCAAAAAGCUCGCCUGCGGAUUAUCCGUGAUAUCACGUUCCUUAACCGAAAUUUCGCGUAUCGUAGUCUUCAAAGCAUUUUCAAAAUAUUGCCUCCUGACGAUAGUGUUAAUUGGGUAGCUCUCAUCGAAGAUCGCCUUUCGCAGGUUGAACUAGCAAAUUUAAAGGACAAGGAAAUUCUCUUGAUAUGGAAUGAUGGGACGAAGUCACAUCACAGCGGUGACAAAAGCUUCGACAUUUAA